AUGCGAAUGACCGAGAUGGAACCGAUUGAGACAUCGAGCUACCACAACGCCAACCGGAUGCACGUGCUGGCGAACGGCGACAUUGUCGACUGCGGACGACUGCCACAGACGGCUCGCAACAACCUGUACAAGACGGAGCUCUGCAAGCACUACACGGACAACGGCAGCUGUCGUUACGGCCCCAAGUGCCAGUUUGCCCACGGUGAGGACGAGCUGCGUGGCGUGCUGCGUCAUCCCAAGUACAAGACCACUCGGUGCAAGGCCUUCUUGUCCACGGGCAAGUGCUUGUACGGUUCGCGGUGUCGCUUCAUCCACACGCGAUACCCUGGCAAAGAAGACCAGCGGUUCGUCAACUACGGCAGCAGCGACUUGUCGAGCACUUCGAGCGAGUCGGACGACCAGGAGUCGCUACCGUCAAAGGAUCUGCUGGUGAACCCGUACGGCAGUGCACUGGAGCCGAUCGACCUGUCCCAGCCGUUCAGUGGCUUCCACCAGUCCAUGUCAUUGGCUCCUCUGACUCGCUUGUCGUCGUCGCCCAGGCCCGAGUUUGACUCGUACUUGAGCUGCGACCCGUUUCUCCGCUAUGGCUUUCCAAGCAGCGACACUGGUAGCUGUGACCAGCGCAGCAGCAUCACCAGCAGCUGCAGUGCGGACGCAUUGAGCUUGUCGUCGCCUCGUUCUUCGAGCAGCUCCGAGUCCGUGAUGUCCAAGUUUUCGCGUCUGACGAUCUUCCAGCGCAUCUGUCGCGAAGACGACUAA